AAAGCUUAAAAGCUUGGCAACGUGGCUGCAGAUUUCCUCCUUUGUUUGCCUCUUGUUUAGUGCAACGCUGUUAAAAUUACAGCGAUGUUGCCAAGCUGUAAGAUUGUGGCUAGUGUCACGAUAGCGUAUCUCGAACAGAGUUUUUAGAUAGACGUUAUAGUAUAGUACAGUCGAACACGUAAAAUAGAUAAAAAAACAAAAUUCUGCACCAAAGUGCUAUGAAAAUUGUCAUUAAAUUUUGAUGUUCUCCUAUUACCGACAAGGUGCAUUAAUUUAGAACUCCAUUAUUGUGAAGUCUGAUCAAUAAGAUGAAAAUAAGACUUUAUUUUUUCGGGUGAUGAUUUGAGAUUCACAUUUACUUGAAUUUAUUUGCCAUAGAGAUGCAGGCUGCAUAAAAUAUAUGUUAAUAUUCCAGUAUUGUGAAUUUUUUAGUGCACCUUUACAUAAUUUGACAUAACAUUAUCCUAAACUGAUAAGAUAUCUGUUUACUCAAAAUAAGAAUACCGCAAGGAUUAUGUAUAUCUACAAUUUUUUGUAAAUAGUAUUAUAAAAACAAUGUGGGUUUGGUGGUGAUAAAGGUUAAUGUAUUGUUCUCAUAAUCGCUUGUUAACGAUAACUUAUUUGACCCGUUUAAUGUUGCCUUGAUAAUGAGCUCUAUCUAGAUUCUCGAACUUCAUUUGAAUAUCGUCCGUCGAUAUAUCUGUUUCGUAAGAAAGCGUAUCUAUACAAGGUAAGCUUUUUUAUUCUGUAUAUUUCAAAUGUUUUCUAUUCCAGUUUCAUUUGUUACAGGAUGGCUCUAGAUGCUUCAAAGUUGCCAUUGGAGGCAAAACCAUUGCAUGUCCCGCCUUUACAUGAAAUUGCAGAUUAUUUGAAUGAAAGUUUGAAGUCCAACUUUGCUGAAGUUAAGUGUGAAGUUGUGGAUUGUCCAGACUUGACUAAGGAUCCCUUUUAUUUAGCCAGUCCAGGAAUUUGUGGAAAUCCAAAAAUCGUAGAUAUCGGCGGACCUCCAUUCCUCCUUCCAGAAGUAGAUAGAACAAAGGUGUAUGACCUCAAAGAUAUCGCUAAGAGGUUAAAUUGUGAGCCAGCUUUUAUGGUUGGUGCCGGAGCUGGUCCUCAUCCUUAUGUUGGUGUUAACUGCGAGGGGAUAAUCAACCUUGCCAUUGCAAAUGGUAAAGUAAAUCAACAAACCAGGAUUUCGAAGGUUGAUCAGAAUGACGACAAAUCAAUCCAAGAAACCCUACCUAAUUCAGAAACGACGGUGGCUUUGUUGGUCAAUCUUUUGAUUUCUGAAGGAAAACCAGGAAAGGUGCUCAAAGUUCACACUAAAAAACGAAUAGGCGGCGAUGAUUUUAUCGCUAGCAUCCGAAAGAGUUUGCAGAAAGGGUAUAAAGAUAAGGUUGUUGGGCUGGGUGGAGUUUUUGUGUUGAAAGAAGGCAAAGCUAAACAGCACGUCAUGAGAGACUUCUCAAAAAGUAGGAUCGAAACUGAAGAGCAGCUCAACAAUUGGUUGAAGUUUUAUAACAUGUCGGCACCUCUUAUCGCUCUUGGUACUCUUAUGAACGACGAUGUCAUCUUAUCAUCUCGGCAAUCAAGAAAACCUAUCAUUUCCUGGAUAUUGUUUUAGACCACAGACUAGAUAUCAGUCAGCUAUGGAACUCUUCUAACAGUGUCAAAAACGACCUCCAAUUCGGCGUAGGAUGCUUUUAUGGCCUCCUUGAUUUUCAUAGUUCAUUUACACUGUUUCGUGUCAGCGCUCCAUUUUGAGGUUAUGUUACAAAUAUCUAUUUUCAUCAAGUUGUUCAUGCUUUUGAUUUAUACCCUAUAUCACGAGUAUCCAUCACCGUAGAAUGGCAGCUGAUUAUCUAGUAAUAUCUCAAAAUUCUCUAUAUCGGCACAGGACCAUAAUUCUUACGGAGCCGUCAACGCCAGGUAGACAGAGCCGAAUUUUGUUUUGAUUGUUUUGUACGCUACAGAUUCAUUCUGUACUUGCUGACAGCUCUUUAAUUUAGAAGAGUUCAUUUGCGUGCAAAAACCAAACGCCAACAAGCAAGUUUUAGGUACUAGAUUUAUACCCAAUCCAUCAUUGCCAACGUUGCAGACUAACACAGCUGUUCACCUCAGUAGACGUCAAAGCGUGAUGGAUACUCGUAAAUCUGUUUUAUCAUCAUGAAUUUUCCUACAAUUCAAAAAGAAAACAUAACCUCACAAUAGCAAAGCGCUGGCGCUGACACGAAACAAAAAAAUGUAGGAAUAUUCCAGCCUUUCUGAAGGAGAGAAAAAAGUAUGAGAAUCAAGGAGGUCAUAAAGGCGUCCUACAACGUACGACUGACGAUACGGCCCUUAGUGUUCCGUGUUAACAGCUCUAGCCGGUGUUGCUGCGUACCAUGCCAGCUGCCGCAGAUAUUCGUACAAAAAUAUUAAUCCGAUAUCAUCUAGUGUAGUUUAUGUCAACCGAUAAUAAAAAGAAGUUUGUCCAAAAAGAAACGACGGAGUAUUGAUGUGUAGAGGAAAACGGGAGUAAACCGCCAGGAAAGCGAUAACAAUCAACCCCACACUUCUGAUAUCGCAGCAUCAAAGAAUGCAUAGCAAAUUAAAUAUUUUUUCGUUUAUUGUAAAUACUGAUAACUUUCGACAAUUACAAAAAUUUAUAGUUUUCUCAUAAAUACACUGG